CACGCCAAACCCCGUCAACCAAUCUGAAUAAGUGGGAGGAGCGCGUCCGCCCACAAAAGCCACAGCUAUCUGAGCGUAUCUCCCCCUUUCCAGCCCCAAAAAUGAAUGUGUGAACGAAUAAAAGCGGAAUACGAGUGUAAUACAAAUAGUGGCUGCUUUUCGGUGGGCUCGCGGACGGAGACGACGUGCCAGAUGCAGCGGCGGCAAGCGGGCACGGCACAACAGGGGUGUUGUCCUGAUGCUUAAAUGGAAGUGGGUGGGCCUCUUCGCUGACACACUGCGAACGCCGUUGUGGAGACCAUCGUGAUAAGCGCUACUUUGCGCGUUUACGGACGCUCUAUUCGCCUCAAGAGACGUGCGACGCGUGUGCGAGGGGCGCAGCUGCCUUGCGGGGGACGGCUGGAGCUUUCUCCGUUAUUUUUGUGAACCGGGAAGGGGUGGGGGCCGUUCGGCUGUGUCUCCGCUUGGCACCGCCCUUCCUGGACGGUGGGUGGUUUCGUGAAAACGGGCAGAUCCGCCACGGCCCAGAGCCCAACAUAUAGGCCGUCCUCCGCCUCCGCUCCCGGCCGGCCGGCCUUCUGCCGUGAACUACACCCUCUUCCUCUUGGUAUAUUCAUGCGUUAUGAGUGACUCCAAGAAGGAAUCAUCUGGAACUGACGGCGGGAAAGCAUCAAAAAAGGGGAAACAUUCUGGAUCACAGGAUUCCUCUCAGCCCUCUCCGUUGGCUCUGCUGGCGGCCACCUGCAGUAAGAUCGGGGGGCAGGGAGGAGCGGAGGGGACCCAGGUCCAGACAGGACCCCAGCAGAUCCAGCUCCAGGCUGGUCAGAUUCAACUGCAAGCAGGUCAGCUCCAGGGUCAAAUUGUAGUGGACACAUCUGGGGGCCAGGCCCUAGUUCCCCAGCAGCUGGAACUGGUCCCGGCUCAGUUCACGGGGAACGGGUGGCAGAUCAUUACAGCACCGGUUACCAUGGCCAAGGAGAACACCAACCAGCCGGUAGCUGCAACAGUGGCCACUACCGUUGCUAACGACAGCUCACCUGGACGCAAGGUGAAAGCCAUAGCUGGGACCAAUAGUGUGACCACCAGUCAGCAGCAGCAGUUCCAGAUAAUCCAGGUUCAGAACCUGCCCAAUGCUGGAGGUGGCGUGCAGUACCAGGUCAUCCCUCACCUGCAGACUGCAGAUGGACAGCAGAUCCAUAUCGGUCCAACUCAGCAGGCUUCCAUCGGGGCUCUGCCAGAGCAAGUUCAGCUCAUCCAGAGUCCGAGUCCAGGCCAGGCUCAGGCCAUUCUCCAGACAGCCAACCAGCAGGCUAUCCUGUCAAGUACAGCCAAUCAGACAGUCCCCCUGCAAAUCCGUCCCGCUCAGUCUUUCCCCCUGCAGCUGCAGACCCUUCAGGGAUCUCAGACUCCUGUCAUGACCACAGUACCCAUCAACCUUGGUGGCAUGACUUUGGCUUUGCCUGUGAUCAAUAAUGUUGGAGGAGGCGGGGCCGUGCAGCUCAUCCAAUCAGCAGAUGGCACCUUUUCCGUUGCCAGUGGCAACCAGCUGAUGACAACCGCAGCGGUCGCCGGGGCAGCACCAACACCGGUUAACGAAGGUGACGGCGUGUCAGAUGGAACACAAGUGGUCUCUGCUGGUAUUGAGGCGGCAGCGACUGAAAACCAAGCACAAAGCACUGAGGCCGACUCUCAAAGUCAGAAUCAGGCCAAUGGGGUCCAAAGCCAAGCGGACGCAUCGGGAACCAUUCAGCAGGUGAUCGUGGGUCAAGUGGGACAUCAGUUGGUACAGCAGAUCCAGCUGCAGCCCCAAGCACCAAGUCAAAAUCAAGGCCAGCAGCAGCAACAGCACAUUCAGACUCUUCAACUGGCCCCUGGUCAAACCCUGCAGCCCAUUCAGGCCUUCCAGAAUCCAGCCCAAGUUCUUAUUCGUACACCUACACUGUCCCCUUCCGGGCAGAUCGCUUGGCAGACACUACAGCUCCCUGGUGGUGUCUCCCUCCAAGGCAGCCUGGGAGCUGCAAUGCCACAGCAGCUUACGCUUGCCCCGGUGGCUGGUGGGACAACAGUGGGGAGUGGAGGGUUGGUCUCCCUGGGCGGAACUCCCCUGACACUAAGUGCAGCUCAGAUCAACCCCGGAUCUGGCGUACAGACGGUCAGCAUUGCUGGGCUCACUGGUGCCGGGGUCCAGGUGCAGGGCGUGCCCCUCACUAUUACAGGUUUACAGGGUCAACCACAAGGACAGGAUGGAGUCAAAGUUCAGUCGUCCCCUGUGACGGUCACGGUAGGGAAUGUGGCAUCCAGCUCGUCAAUGAGUCCAGAUCAGUUAGGAUCUGUGCAGAGUUCCUCAGACCAGGAGGGACCGCCCAGCAAGAGGCUCCGUCGAGUCGCCUGCUCCUGCCCAAACUGCAGAGACGGAGAAGCAAGAAACAGUGGUGACCCCACAAAGAAGAAGCAGCACAUCUGCCACAUGGAAGGUUGCGGAAAGGUGUACGGCAAGACUUCCCACCUGAGGGCCCACCUGCGCUGGCACACGGGGGAGAGGCCGUUUGUCUGCAAUUGGAUCUUCUGCGGCAAGAGGUUCACCAGGAGCGACGAGCUGCAGAGACAUCGGAGAACGCACACAGGAGAGAAGCGCUUUGAGUGUCCCGAAUGCUCCAAGCGCUUCAUGCGCAGCGACCAUCUCUCCAAGCACAUCAAAACUCACCAGAACAAAAAGGGCGGGGCCGCCGUGGCCAUCAUCACCACCGACAACAUGGAGGACGACGCCCCCGAGGGCCUCCAGGCUUCCCCUCAAAUCGUCACCGUGGCGACCCUCUCCCGUGACUCCGAGCCUGAAACGCCCACCACCUCCAAUCACCUGGAGGAAGAGGAAGAAGAGGAGUUUGAAUAGGCGGUUGCUGUUAGUCACAGGGAUUGCUGGUGUGGCUGCUUUUCUUUUACAGAUGCUUCAUGAAAAAGAAAAAGAAAAAAAAUCGACAUUAGCAUCAUUCAACACACUGUCAAAAGCCAACAACACAAUUAUAAAAUACAGCUAUGAAAGAUAAGCUCUAUCAUGGGAUGGGAAGCGUUGUGUUGAGAUUAAGAAAAACAUUCAAUGAUUUUUUUUUUUUCUAAAUCAUGCGAACAUCUAUCUCUAUGCACAAAGUUGUGUACCUGUUUCUUACCUGUCAGACAGGGCUGAGGGUCAAUCAAGGUACAGGGACUGUCGCAGAGCCGAGGCAGUCUUGGGACCGUGUGCGUGUGUGCAAGUCAACCUAUGAUUAUGGUUUGUGUGUGUGUGUGUGUGUGUGAGAGUGUGUGUCAUGUAGAGGAUCUACCUACCGUAAUUUGAGUUUUGUCCUCCCAUCUGAUUCAGGUGUGGAUUCCUUUAUGAACUGUUACAAAACAAAAAGGAGAUUUCCUUCAUCAAGAAAGGAACAGAAAAAAAAGCACAUAUGGAAAGAUUUAUAUAUAAUGCAUUCCUAUUGCAGCAGUGGCCAUGGCAAAAAAAAAAAAAAGGUUUCUAUAAAAGAAAACAAUCUAGCUUUCUACAACUAUGUUUGUGAGAUGAAAGCAAUACUUAAAUGACAAUCUAGUGAAACAUGUUUACAUUGUCAGGGAAGAGGGUUUGGCGGAAACAAGAGCACACACACGAGAGCGGUUGUUUGGUUCAUUCCUGACGUUUUAUCACUAUUGUGCAUUUGAGUUCUAGCAGCUGAGAGGGACAGCGAGGAUGCUUUUGGGUUUCUGUGCUAUUCUGAUUGCCACCCUGACCCCUGCUCUGUGACCUGCUCCCUCCUUAACACAAGCUGAGGGAAGGUCAGGUUGAGCAAAGUGGUCGGGUGGUGGCGAGAUGGAGCACAGGCCAGGCUGAAGUGUGGGGGGGUUUGUUCGGGCUGUUUAUGUGGUGAUGAGAUGUUUCUGGUGGUGUUGCUCAGUGUUAGUCCAGUGCGUACAGUCUUAUUUACA